AUGCCAAAGUUCGACCCCGCAAAAGACAUCCCGAACCUCCAAGGAAAGGUAUGCCUAGUGACCGGUGCCAACAGCGGGCUCGGUGAAGCAACUGUCGCAGCCCUGGCCCAGCACGGACCCGCGACACUCUACCUGGCCGCACGAUCUCACUCGAAAGCCGAAGCCGCGCUGUCCCGCAUACGAGCAACCUCCGCAGCGGCCGCAUCGGCAAACAUCCAGAUUCUAGAUCUGGACCUCGCGUCGUUUCAUUCGAUCAAGGCCGCCGCGGCGCGGGUCCAAAGCGAAGUCCCUCGCCUGGACGUUCUGCACCUGAACGCCGGCGUGGCCAUGAUCCCGCAUACCACAACAAGGGAAGGCUACGAGGUGCAGUUCGGCACCAACUACCUGGGCCACGCGCUGCUCACACAACUACUAAUGUCCCUGCUUGUCGCCACGACACGCAUCCCAGGCGCGGACGUACGGAUCGUGUCCAUGUCCUCGGUCGGACAUAAAUAUUUUGCCCCCAAACCUGGGAUCUUCUUCGACGAGCUCAAGACUGAGAUGAGAACACACUCUGGUGCCGAACUCUACGGGUCCGCCAAUCUCGCGAAGACCCUGUUCGCGUACGAGUUGGCGAAGCGGUAUCCGCGGAUCACGGCAUGCUCCCUACACCCCGGCACGGUCAAGUCGAAUGUCUGGGGCGGGGAGAAGGGGGUUAACGUGCUGGUAAACUAUCUUGUUGUGAAGCCGCUGGUGGCCUUGACGGGGGUGUCUAAUGAAGAAGGUGCCAAGACCCAGCUGUGGUGCAGUUUCAGCAAGCAACUCGAGAGUGGGAGGUAUUAUGAGCCGGUUGGCAAGGCUGGAAAGGACGGCCCACUGAGUCGUGACGACGAGUUGGCGAGGAGGUUGUGGGAAUGGACGGAUAAGGAAUUGCAAGCCCAUGGAGCUCCUGGGUGGCCUUGUUCAGAUUGA